UAUAAAAUAUAGAAUAUGGAUUAUGAAGACGCGGCAGAUGUUUUUGAAAAUAUAUCGGAAGGACAAAUCCACGUGUGGAGGACAUUGAUCGAAUUAGUUAAAUCAAAUUGUAUACUGUAUCAGAAAAAACUGAAGGGAUAUAGUAAAAAAACUGAUAAGAGCUUGAUGUGGACCAAUAUUGGAAAAUUAUUAGUACCGCCAAUGACUGGAAUCGAAGCAGAAAAGAUAUUUUACCGCUUACGACAGAAGUUUGGUAAAGAGCGCCGAAAAGUAAUACAAUCACAGGCAAGAUCUGGCGCAGGUGCAGAUCAUAUGCCAUAUAAAUCGGACUGGAUACUAUAUGAUGAUUUAUUGUUUCUUGCUGAUCAUAUUCAACCUAGACGGUGA